AAGCCUUUUUGGUUCAGAAAUCAUACGACAUUGAUGAUGGACUUAGUGACUUCGUUUCUGAACUUAGUGGUGCCCCCUGCCACCAUGAUGAUGCUGGCCUUUUCAUGGCCAGCCUUGUGCUUUAUCAAUGCAUGUGAAUGGGUUUACAACACCUUAUAUACUAUUGAGGAUAUGGAUGGCAAAGUUGUCAUAAUCACCGGUGCUUCUUCUGGUAUUGGAGAGCAAAUUGCAUAUGAAUAUGCAAAGCGGAGGGCCAAUCUUGUGUUGGUUGCGAGGAGAGAACAACGGCUUCGAGCAAUUAGUGAGAAAGCCAGAUAUCUUGGCGCAAACAGUGCCAUUGUAAUUGCUGCAGAUGUUGUUAAGGAAGAUGAUUGUAGGAGAUUUAUUAAUGAAACGGUAAACUUCUAUGGGCGUGUGGAUCAUCUGGUGAAUGCGGCGAGUUUGGGACAUACCUUCUACUUCGAUGAAGUUACAGACUCCUCAGUGUUUCCUAUUUUGUUGGACAUAAACUUUUGGGGAAAUGUUUAUCCUACAUUUGUCGCUCUUCCAUACCUACAUCAGAGUAAUGGCCGAGUCAUUGUGAAUGCAUCGGUGGAGAACUGGUUACCGUUACCAAGAAUGAGUUUGUAUGCUGCUGCAAAAGCUGCUCUUGUGAAUUUCUAUGAGACCCUCAGACUUGAAGUAAAUAAUGAUGUUGGGAUAACGAUUGCUACACAUGGAUGGAUAGGAGGCGAAAUGACAAGAGGAAAGUUUAUGCUUGAAGAGGGAGCCGAGAUGCAAUGGAAGGAAGAACGAGAACUACAAGCAAGUGGUGGACCUGUAGAAGAAUUUGCGAGGCUGAUUGUUUCAGGGGCAUGCCGGGGCGAUGCUUAUGUCAAGUACCCGAGUUGGCACGACACAUUCCUCCUCUUUAGGGUAUUCGCACCCAAUGUACUUAACUGGAGUUUCCGACUCCUGCUGUCGACUCAUGGUACAAGAAGAACAUCCAUGGUGGGUGUCGGGAAACCGAUAUCCGAAGGUGGCUCAGGCAGGUAUUUAAUGGAGACCACUUCUCCUAGGAAGCUUCCUGCUGGUCCGAUAACCUUUUCGAAGACGUAGUAGUGGCAUCCAUGACUGCCAUGUCUUUGAAUUGCACUUUGCUGGCUUUUUAUUUAGUUUGUAGGUACUGUUCAUUUGGCACAUACUUUGGUACAAUAAUAAGUGUUCAAUCAGAUCAGGAAAACUUGGCCACCAGUUAGUAGAAUAAGCCUUGCGCAUAUAUAUGCUUCUAUGUACGUAUAGAAAUACUUGCUACUGUUUCUUAAUUGCUUUUUCAGUUGUUGCCCUGAAAUUGGACUGUUUUUUUCGA